AUGUUUGACGAAGUACAAACAUUAUAUUCAACUAACAUGAAUAAAAUAUUUAGUGGUGGACUAGUAUAUGAAUAUUCUCAAGAACCAAAUAAUUAUGGUUUAGUUGAAAUAUUAGAAAAUGGAGAUAUAAAAGUACUUCCUGACUUUAUUGCUUUAAAAUCCCAAUUUGAAAGUCUCACUCCUAUUAACAACGACCAGUUCACACAGAAUACUCUUGGGAAUCUAAAAGGAAGCCAAAAAGCAUCAUUACCGAAAUGUAAGAAAAGUUACUCGAACAUAGAUAUAUCUAAAGUUGUUCCCAAAAUUGCAAAACCUCUCAUUGAUUCUGGCAUUGAUAUUGAAAGAGGUAAGUAUGUUGAACUUCAGGAAGAUGAUUUAGUAUCCAGUUAUAAUAUUUUAAAUUAUAAAGGAGAGCCCUAUGCUGUAGCCGAUACUAUGGAAAUAAUCUUCGAUCAUAUGUCAGGGGAAGAUAUAAUCAGGACUAAUAAAAAUGAUGCAAAACAUGAAUGUAAGUAUAACGUUAAACCUUAUCUUAAAACUGACUUCAUGUUUAAAAUGACCAAUUCAAAUGAUAUCAUUAAACAGAAAAUAUUAACAAAUUUAGCAUCUGGGUCUUCCUUGUCAAUUCAUAAUUUUCUCAGUAAGUUAUUAGUAUAUCUAAUAGUGUUAGAAUUUACUCUUUGGCUCUAA